CAAAGGAUAUGUUAGGGACAAUAUUGUCGUACUUUUGAGGUGAUAUUAUCAGGAUUUUUGUCGUUAAUUCGUUUUGAAGUGAAGGGCAUUUCAUCUCCGUAAAAUAUAUUUUUGCGAUGUUUAUUUAUGAAUUCUUUAUAAAAUAUUUGGUUGAUAAUGAUAGGAUUUAUAUUGUUCAAGAUUCAUGGCAUUGUGUGAAGUGUUUUCAGCAUGUAGUUAAUUUUAUUUUACCAAUCUUUAAAUAAUUCUUAAAAUGAAUUAUGUGUUAAGUGGCUGAGCUUUACAGAAUGGUAAAAGAAGGUGAAACAGAAGGACUUGCAAAUCUGACUUAUGCAAAGUGGAUUUUGGAAGCCAUUGAUAAAAUUAAACAUCAGAAACAGCAGCCAAAUCUUCAGCGGAUUGUUCAUGCUGUUCAACAGUACCACAGUGUUAGUAGGGAGUCUAUAGAGGAACAGCUUCAAUUGGCGACAAAAGAUGGUUUGAUUGUGAGAACUUUUAGUAAAAAAGAUUGGUCGUAUAGAGAUCCAUCCAAGAUGCCUCACACAAAAAGGAGGUCGUUGAAAAUUGACAAGAAAACUGACUUGACAAAAUUUCUUGUCAAGGCAGUGAUGGAACUAGGGGAAGAAGGAAGCUCUCUGAAGAAGAUAAAAAAUCAUCUGAAUGCUAUAUACAGCAUUGAAUGUCUGAAUGGUGUUGACUUGACACUUCUUUUAAAAAAUUGUCUCAAAACUGCAAUGGACAACAAGUAUUUGAUAAAAGAAGGGAGGAGUGUAAAGUUGGGAGAGAAAGCAUCAGACAUAGAUAUAGCUGGGAGUUCUAGUAACUCUGCAUCAUUUGAUGAAGACUCUACCAGUGACAUGUCAUUCUCAAUUGAACAAAACAUGAAAUGUGCCAAGCCUGUUUUGAUCUGUUGUUUUUGUCUGGGUGAUGAAAAUAAAAACCGCAGUGGAGAACCAGAAGACCUCAUAUCCUGUGCUGAUUGUGGUAACAGUGGUCACCCUACAUGUUUGAAAUUCUCAGUAGAUCUGACAGAAGUUGUGAAGUCUUUGAGAUGGCAGUGUAUUGAAUGUAAAACCUGCUCUUUUUGUCAAAGAUCUGGCCGAGAGGAUAACAUGUUAUUUUGUGAUACCUGUGACAGAGGCUUCCAUAUGGAAUGUUGUGAUCCACCUCUAAUUAAAGCCCCUAAAGGCAAAUGGAAGUGCAAUAUUUGUGACCCUAACAGGGGUAAUAAAAAAGGAAAGAAAUAUUUAGAGAUGGUGACCAGAUUGAAAGAAAAGUACAGAAACAAGGAAAAAAUCAAGUUAAAAAGACCAGCUAAGAAGUUUUUUUCACAGAAGAAACAUGAUUUGAUAAAAUGUCCAACACCAGGUUGUGAUAGCACAGGGAAUGUAAAUGGAAAAUCAAACGUUCAUCGGUCGAAGUUGUUUUGUCCUUUAGUCACACCUGAACAGAGAAAAAGAUAUAAACUUGAAAAGAAAUACACUGCCAACAAUGGACAAUAUGAUUCUGAUUCAGAGUUUGAGGAGGAGGAGGAUAGGGGUAAUUCAAAAAAAGAGAUAAAGAAACCAUUUGAUUACUCCAGUGAUUCUGGGAGUGAAAAUGGAGAAGUUGGGGACACCUUUGACCCAUUUUUUGCCAUUAGCAAACCAAAAGGUCUUGUUGAUGGUUUAACACAAUUUUUUACUCCAUCAAACAAACGUACGUCCCGUGUUUCAUUAAAUGCUGCAAUUGCAGACUUCCCUUCCAUUCCAGUCAAAAACAAGCAUUCAAAAUCCCAGCAAGCUGCUAGUCGGCUGCUGAAAAGAUCUAAACUUGUGCAAGCUAACAAACAUUGUGUUAAGAAAAAUAAGUUUGGUAAUGCCAUCAAAAACCGCUUCCCAAGAACAUUCACAAAAAAAAAAACUGACUUUAAUCCUCAAUUCCAUAGUUCAAUAUUGGAAAGUAGGGAUAGUUCAUCUGACAGAGAGAGUUUAAAUGACGAUUCCAUUGACUUUACAACUAUUUUGAAAAGAGGGCGUGGAAAGUCAUUAACAAGAGGCAGAGGAAGGGGAAGAGGACGAGGUAGAGGAUUUGGAACACUUCUAAGUGGAACAACAAUAUUUGGAAGAGGGAGAGGAUUUGGACGUCCUCCUGGACCAGGACGAGGAAGGCCGUUUGGCAGAGGCAGACCAUUUGGUAGGGGUAGACCAUUUGGCAGUAGAGGUAGACCAUUUGGCAGUAGAGGUAGACCAUUUGGCAGUAGAGGUAGACCAUUUGGUAGAGGUAGACCGUUUGGCAGUGGCAUUAAUAGGAAAGCAUUGUUGGAUGAGUCAGAUGACUUUACUAUGUUAACAAGAAUAUCUCAACUUGACAAACCUUCACCCGGUAGGGGACGUGGUCGUGGAAGGGGACGAGGUCGUGGUAGUUCUUCUGUUGCCAGCAAUGAGCAUUGCCACGAAAGCCCUCCUCCUCCAAAACCACCGAAAGAGCAUCCACCAAAUGUUACAGAUACUGACAAGGAUUUGUUUAAACAGGCACAGGAAAAGGCUCAGGAAGUUUUAAAGCAGUUCACUUUUGAUUUGCAGGAUGCCUCUAAAAACUGUAGUCCAAUGUUGGAGGAGUGUUCCCCUACACCCUCUCAGUCCAGAUUUCCACCAUGCAUAGAGUUUGGAAAAUAUGAAAUUCAAACCUGGUAUUCCUCACCCUAUCCCCAGGAAUAUGCUAGAUUACCAAAGUUGUACAUAUGUGAAUUUUGUCUUAGAUUUGUUAAAAGCAGGAAAAUGUCAUCCAGACACAUGGAAAAAUGUGGACUGAAUCAUCCACCAGCAAAUGAAAUUUACAGGAAAGAUGAAUUAUCAGUGUUUGAAGUGGAUGGAAACUCCAGUAAAAUUUACUGUCAAAACUUGUGCCUUCUUGCUAAAUUAUUCUUAGAUCACAAAACUUUAUAUUAUGAUGUUGAACCAUUCUUAUUUUAUGUGGUGACCACAAAUGAUGAGUUUGGAUGUCAUCUUAUUGGAUACUUCUCUAAGGAAAAACACUGCCAGCAGAAAUACAAUGUAUCAUGUAUAAUGACAAUGCCCCAAUACCAAAGGAAAGGAUAUGGCCGAUUCCUCAUUGAUUUCAGUUAUUUGUUGUCCAGAAUAGAAGGUCAAGCAGGGUCACCUGAAAAGCCAUUAUCAGACCUUGGAAAAGUGUCAUAUCUAGCCUACUGGAAAAGUGUCAUCAUAGAAUACUUACAUAAAUACCAGGAUGCUAGAGUAUCAAUCAAAGCCAUUGCCAGAGAAAGUGGUAUGAGUGCACAAGAUGUAGCAAUAACUUUACAUGAUUUGAAGAUGUUGGUUCCACAAGAUGGAAAGGUUGUUCUUGCUUUGAACAAGGAAUUGAUAGAUAAUUAUAUGGCCAAACUUGAAUCAAAAAAGCAUCUUAGAGUAGAACCAGAUCAAGAAUGUCUUAGAUGGACACCUUUGAUAUCAAACUACAAUAUAUCAGAAGAAGAAAAGAAGGCUGAAAAAGAGUUAUCUGAAAUGAGUGAUAUGGUAGACAGUAUAGCUGAGGAUAGAGAAUGGAUAGAGACUGUAAGUCCUACUGUAUCACCUCACAAGUUAGAACGGUCACUCUCAACAUCACUUAGUCCAAGACGACUAGAUUUGAAAUCUCCCAUGGAGGAAAAAAGUCCAGUCAAAAUACCUCCCAAAGAAGAAGACAUGGAACUAUCAUCUUCAUCUAGUAGUGAAGAAGAGAGUGACCAUGAUGACAUAAAGAUAAAUCCACCAGUCAUAAAACUGGGUCCUCCACCAAAACGAAGACCUGGUCGACCAAGAAAAAGGAAAGCAGAAUCAGAAGAAGAUGAGAUAGAUGUUAAAAAGAUGAGAGAAGAUGAUGAAGAAUCAGACAAUGAGGAAAAAAUAGAUGAUAAAGAAAAUCUUGAAAACUUUGUUGAGAGUAAAAGUUCUAGUCAACAGUCUGCUGACGAACCAAUGAAAAGGAAACGAGGUUGGCCAAAAGGUGUACCAAGAGGUUCUCCUUUUGUAAGGAAACCUGGACCUAAAGGUAGACCUAAGACUCAACGCAAGGAUUUCAUGGAGACCAGUGUAACAAAAGUAAAGGAAGAUAAUUGUGAUAGACAGAAGAAAGAGUUCAAUGAUGAUUCCGAUAACGAAUCCAUUGAAACAAAAAGAAGUGAAAACUUUGAUUCUCAGGCAGAAACAAAAGAGAAUGAUGUUAAAAUAGAGGAGGAUAUCUGUGUAAAUAAUUCUAAUAAUAGUGCUAAAUUAUUAACUGACAAAAUCAGUGAAACUGAGGCUGCUACUAAAAAUGUGGAAUUAGAAAUGGAAGAAAGUAAAGAUUCUUCUAAAUGUGAUGAUAUUUUAGAGGAGGACAAAAGUAGUGAUAUUGGGGAAUGUGACAGUGCUAAUGUAAGUCGUGAGGCUGAGGAUGCUGUACAGGCAUUACAAGUGGCUGAACAGGGGGAUAGUGAGGAGGGGAAAGGCAAUAGUCCUGAUAGCUGUGAACAGGAACGGGAACAUUUAACACCAGAGUUAUCUGUGUCUGGUCCAAGUCCAGCCUCACAACCAUGUGUUACAGACUGCAUAUCUGAUACAAACAGUGACGUCCCUGCACCAUUAACGCCCCAAGUGCCAACUCCACCUCCUUCACAGGAAAAUCUGUCUCCAAAUAUAAAAUCUGUGUCAAAUACUGACUCACCAACAAAAAUAUCACCUUCCAAAAGUGACAUUAUGAAAGAAAGUGAUAUAAAUUAUAAGUCCAAGUUACAGAAUGAUGAAGAGGAAGAUAGUACAUCUGAUGAUGACAUUCCAAGUGAUGAUAAUUAUCAAGAUGACUUUAAUGACUCUCCUCCUGGUGCUCCAGCACCUGUUACGGCACUUCUAUCACCACCACCACAGCCAGUAGUGGUGCAGCAGUCACCUAUUCAGAUGUCACCUGUACAGCAAUCCCCUGUUCACCAAUCACCAAUUCAGCCAUCACCUGUACAGCAAUCUCCCAUUCAACAAUCACCUAUCCAGCAUUCACCUUUACAGCCAUCCCCCAUACAACAUUCACCCAUUCAGCAAUCACCAAUGCAACCGUCACCAAUGCAACCAUCACCAAUGCAACCGUCACCAAUGAAACAUUCACCUGUUGUUCAAAAACAACCUGGCAGUGCUAAAUCUUUCCAUGAAACAUUUACUGAGGACCUUCCUAGUAACUUUGAUCAAUUAAGUAAUAGUUCAUCAAGCAAUUUACAAAGUGAUUCCUUGCCACAUCAGCAGGAAAAGUUUAAAACAAGACAACCUCAGAAUCAAAAUAAUUGCAGUAGUUUUCCUCCACAAGUGUUUCCACAGAAUUCAUCUAUGGGUCAAAUGACCAAUACAAACAUAGGAAGCACAGGAUUUGGAAAUGAAAUGGAUGUUUCACAACUUCAAGGAUUGGAAUCCCCUGCUUCAAUUGGUAGUAACCAUGGCAAUGAAAUGCCAAAUUCUAACAAUUCUGUAGAAAAUGUACCUCCGUCUAUUCUUAGUUUUAUGGACUGUGCUGAAGCUCAAUCACACAGAACAUACAGUAAUGCAUGUAUUAAUAAUCUUAAUAAUCACAAUAGUGGACGUUACAUGGACAUGGUAUCUUCAUCAUAUCCAGUUAGUAGUUGUGGUUCAUUCAUAUCUCCUGUACCUAGUGGUGCAAACAUUGUACAAAACUUCUGUCCUCCUCCUGUUAGUACUUACGCCCUCCAGCAACAACAGCAGCAGCAGCAGCAACAACAAAAUUCAACACACAGACUUUCACAUAGUAAUUCACAGUGUCGUGUUCAACAGCCACCAUCUGUAAGUCGACAGAACAGUGGCCCUGGACCAUAUCCACCUCAGAACAUUAGUUGUGAUCUAGCAAAACUGCAGCAAUUAACAAAUGGAAUUCCAGAUCUCAUGCCCAAUAAUACCAUGACUCCUCCCCCAAAUCUUACACCACCUCCUCCUCAUAACAUGACUCCACCUCCUAUGAUGCGAGGCAUGACAACACCUCCCGUUCCAAACCAGCAAAAUUCAUCAGGACUUGUUGGACCAUAUAAACAAUAUCAACAACAACCAACUCAAAGGCAGCGUUCAUCUUCUGUGCGAAAAAGUCCAAAUGUGACAGUUAAUCCUAAUAUGACAUUUACACCUAAUGUGACAAUUCGUCCAGGAUCUAAUAUGAUCACGGGUUAUAGUAAUUUAUUGGACAGUUAUCGUAUGAGGCAGCCUAUGAUAAACCCAGGGUAUAUAAAUCAUGGGUUUCCACUUAAUCAGUUGGGUCAGACUCCACCAAUGCAAAUGCAAAUGUUAAAUAUGAAUAUGAACAUGAACAUGAAUAUGAACCCAGCACAACAACAUUUUCCUCAACACAUGCAACCUUCUCAGUCGAACAAUAUGUACGCAUACAGUUACAUUAACGGUAGCCUCCCGCCAUCCCUGAACAAUAUGAAUGGAAUGAUGAGGAGGUAAUGUUGUAGAACUUAAAUUAUUUCAUUUUUAAUAUUUGUGUAUAAUUUGUUGAAUUUCGAGGACCACGGUGAUGUGUUUCAAGUUAUGCAUUCAUUGUACAUAGUUAAUCACAAACAUGUUCAGGUCAGGUUAUAAUGUGAUCUGUGUGAGAGAAAGUACAAGUUGUAUGCAAGAAAUAUUUAUUUAUUAAGUUGUAUUUUAUAUUUGUGUCUUUUUUGAUGUAAAAGAACAAAAUUUUCCCUUGAUGGGAAUUUGGCAAAGAGCAGUAUUAGUAUGUGUUAUUCUUUAUUUCUUAUCUUACAUUCUAAUUUCUACUAAUACACAUUUUGAAAGCCUUUGCAUCUUGUAUACUUUCAUACAUUUAUGAAUUUUUAAAAUGAAUUUUUACCAGUACUUAAGAAACAUUUUUGAGAAAUGAAUUUUUGGUUCAAGUCACAAAAAACUCACUGCGUUUCAGUUAAAACAAUCAAUGUAAUUUAUACGAACUGCAUGUACAGGAUUGGUAAUUGUCACUAUCUAUAUUUAUAACACAGCUUUAUUUAAGAUUUUUAAGUAUUUCAUAUUAUAGAAUCUUUAGUUAUUUAUCAGGCUUCAAAAACUCGUUUGUUAAAAGAAAGGGGCAUAUAUUCUCGACGCUCCCCGAUGUAUUGAGGGCUUCCAAAAAGAAUUAAAGCAAAAAAGUGAUUGGUUGAUGACCUUAUUUGGAAUUUGAUACUAAGGUUUAAAAUUGAAAUGGAUGCUACACACUAUUGUUUCAGUAUGUAUGUUUAUAUCACAGCUGAUAUAUUUGAAAUAAGAAAUAAAUACCUCAAAGCAUUUUUAUAUUAUAAUAACUGAUGUCAGUUGUGAAAUGAUUGGUUUGCCCAAGUUUUGAGGAGAUAAAUUUAAUAGUAUAUUUUGAGAUACCCAAAGAGAUAAUUUCUAAGUACUUACAUUUGUUGGACACAAGUUUACCUUUAUUUUUUUAUUCACUGCAAUUGAAAUCCCAAAAUUUGGCUACCUGAAUAAAUGGUUAUAUUCUAUUUGACAUGAAAGUCUUGACACCACAUGUAUUUGGAUCUCCCCAGUCUACACAAAUUCAAAUAGGAAAGGGUUUUCACAGUUCACAGUUUUGUUAAAUUAUGUGUGAACAAAGUGUUCACUAAAUAAGUUUCAUUUGAUAUUUUGAACCUCUGAAAUGAUUGACCGAAGGAGUUACCUCAUAAAAUUAAUGUGUAGCUUUGCCUGUAUGAGCACUUGUUUUGUAAUUGUAACAAAUAAUUUCCCAUUCCACACUUUUAGGAAAAAUUACUGGUAGCCUAAAAUAAUAUGCAAGUUAUUAUCUCCCUUGAAAUAGUCGCUUCACUCCCUUAAAAGUAAAAACAAAUACAUUUAGAGGAUGUUUUACCAUAUUUGUUCUUUCUCUGGUCUGAAACUUUUAUCUGUUGAUGUAAAGGGUGGCAUAUUCCCGGUGUAACUUCAGGAUUACAAAUGUGCCUUAUCAAUUGAUAUCUUACUCUGGCAUUUUACCAUUUACUGUUGUUUUCUUUUGUUUCUACAGUAACUAAAGUUAUCAUAUUAAAUGAUUUGUAACAGAUAAAAAAUAUGUUGAACAAACAUUCUUUUAUAUGUGGAUGCAUUUUAACUCUUCAUUUCUAACUAUCUCUUAUGUUGUACAUGGAUUGAGGAGCGUGUCAUGUGACUGUUGUGAUGCAAUGUGAUAUUUAACUUGUAUGUGUGAGAGAGAGCUGUCACAAAACUGUUACCAUGUUAUAUUUUUGUUAGAUUGUAAAUAGUAUCACGUGGACUGUGCAUUUAAAACAAUAAAUUAUGAUUUUUCUCCUCA